AUGCUGCGCGUGAAGGGCAGGAUCCGGGGGGAAGUGGCCCCCCUGAGGAGGCACUACACAAACAACAGCCGUGGAAUGCUAAAGGAGUAUGUAUACACCAAGUAUCGAAUUAGUCUACCACACAUCAGUAACGUAAAGUACGACGACCUGUAUCUCUCACGUCCCAGCAAAGAUGAACUCUUUACAUUCACAAAAAAGGUACCAAUCUUUCUUCGUUACUUAAAAUUAAUAACAUCGAUGGAAAAUCGAAAUGAAGAUUUUAUCGACUUUGCAAAGAGAUGUGAAAGUGGACUAACAACACAAAAGGAUGUUUACCUAACAAAGGAGGAACUACUUGAGGUGAUGUUCCUAAAUGGAUACUCUGUAAAAGAAAUGAAUGCACUAGAUUUAGCAUUUACGAAUAGCUAUAAAUUCCAUUAUCCCGAAAUUGCUGCUCUGUUCAAAUUGGAGGAAGAAGAAGUGUAUAAAUUUUGUCUCAAAAAAAGAAGUGAAAAUCCGGAGAAAUUAUUUCACAUAAAACAUAUGAAAGAAAAAAACCUGUUGUCAUCAUAUGGUCUUAUUUUUGUUUUUCUCUACUUUGGUUUAAAUAACGUGGUGUUGAGUAACGCUUGGUUUCUGUCAAAGACAAUCCCUUUUUUCAGCGUUUUCUACAUGCUAGCUUCUCAUUUUUACAGAGAUAUUUGGGACUUCCUAAAUAAAGAAAAAAAAAUUAUGAUGGAACAGAAUAAGGAGAACCAACUAGCUGCAGAACAAGUUUUAUAUGACCAACUGAAACUGUAUUCGAAGGACACAGAGAACGUCGUGGACAGCGUCAAUAGGGCCGUCGCCGAGGCCAACCGCCAGGCGCGCGAGUGCAACUUGGUGGCCUUCAUGCGGGCCUUCCAGUAG